AACCCAAAACCCAAAAUGCGGCGCGCCAUAGACGCCCACCUCAAGGCCAUGCGCCUCCUUCAUCCGCUCUCUCCCUUCUCCUCUACUCCUUCUUCUCCUUCUCUCUUUUCCGUCCGUACAUUUCUAACCCUAACCCACCCUCGCGCCGUUCCCAAUUCCGUCUCCAAAACCCUAAUCUUCCACUCAAUUUCCACUCCUUCUCACUCGAGCUUCAGCAGCCGCGAAAUUGGGCCGAUCAGUAGUCUUGGGCUGUUUUCGAUACGGUGCGUUUCGACGACGGCGUCGCCGGAGGGCGCGUUGGACUGGAACGAGCCGGUGUCGUGUUCGGAGGUCGGCGAGGGCAGUAUGGGAAGUGUUGAUAAAGAUGCUAAGCCCAAUGUUCCGGUCAGAGCUUACUUCUUUUCCACUAGUGUGGAUUUGAGAAGCUUGGUGGAGCAGAACAGGGUGAAUUUCAUCCCACCCACGUCGAGAAUGACCAACUAUGUUGUGUUUAAAUUCGGGGAGCUAAACAAGUCUAACAAUGCAUUGGGUCCUAGUUUAAGUGGGAGUGACUGUUGCUACAUGGUAGUUUUCCAAUAUGGGUCCAUUGUCUUGUUUAAUGUUCGUGAACAUGAGAUUGAUGGGUACUUGAAAAUCGUGGAAAAACAUGCAUCUGGAUUGCUACCUGAGAUGAGAAAGGACGAGUAUGAGGUGAGAGAGAAGCCAGAUUUAGACACAUGGAUGGAAGGCGGAUUGGAUUACAUAAUGUUGCAGCACUUGAAUACUGAUGGAAUUCGUACCAUUGGUAGUGUUCUCGGUCAAAGUAUUGCACUAGAUUACUAUGUUCGCCAGGUUGAUGGAAUGGUUGCCGAGUUUACUGACAUCAAUCGUGAAAUGGAAACUACUGGAAAAUUUAAGAUGAAGAGGAAGAAACUUUUUCAGCUAGUGGGGAAAGCAAAUUCUAAUCUUGCUGAUGUGAUUCUUAAACUUGGACUUUUUGAGAGAUCAGACAUUGCCUGGAAGGAUGCCAAAUAUGCUCAGAUUUGGGAAUACCUCAGGGAUGAAUUUGAAUUAACUCAGAGAUUUGCAAGUCUUGAUUUUAAGUUGAAGUUUGUGGAGCACAAUAUUCGCUUUCUUCAGGAAAUUCUUCAAAACAGGAAAUCAGAUUUUUUGGAAUGGCUCAUCAUUGCACUAAUAGGUGCUGAGAUUAUGCUCUCUCUUUAUGACAUUCUCCACAGAUCAGCAAUCGCAUCUCUUUAGCACUGAAGUUGUGUGAGUGAUGCACGAAGUCAAACAUGCCCUUGUUGAACUGUCCUAGUCUUUGUAAAUCUUACAGUAUACCUCAAAUUUGUUGCGGUUUACACUUGAUUUUACCAGUUCAAUGUGUAUAAUUGAGUUGGUCUUAUGAUUAAGAUGAUUGCUGAUCUUAUGAUAGCAUUAUACUCGUGUCAUUGU